AUUUACCCCAACAGCCACCAGAACAGACCGGACCAGAACAAUCCCAGCAAGCACACUCAAACCAAACCACCCAAUUGACCCAACAAAAGAAGAGAAAAAAGAAAAGAAAAAGAGAAGGGAGAAAGAAGCAAGAACAAAAUGUCCACCUCCAACAAUCACAACCCAAACCAACAACCUCCCUCCCACCCAGACCAAAACGAAGCUCCAUCCCACACCCAAGAUGACGCACAAUCCCAAUCGAACCCUCAAAGAGGAGGCAAGAAAGCAAAACUCCCCAUCCACACCCACCACUGCCGCUUCUGCAACCACCUCCUCCUAGCAACAACCCUCCAGUCCCUGGCCUCUCUCCCGACGCGCAAACCGCCCGCGAAAGAUGGCGCUGUCAUCGUGCCUCUUUCUUUACCUGCCUCGUCUUCAUCCGCUACCUCGUCAACAUCAUCUUCGACGACCAGGGGGGAUACGGAUACCGAAUUGAAAGACAGAGAAGAAGGGAAAAAAGACCUCCACACGACUAUCCUCCUCUCGACAACACAGCCGGACCGGGGCUUCACUGUUAUCCGCCGAGAAGACGGGUUCGAGAAGAGACGGUUGAUACGGUGUGGGCGGUGUAGGGUUGUUGUGGGGUAUUUCUUGGAUGCGGUUCAUUUUCCUUCUUCCGGAGGAGGAGUGAAGGGAGAGGGAGAUACAGAGGGAGAUGUUGGGGAGGAAGAUGAAGAGAAGAAAGAUGAGAUCAAGGUGGUGUAUUUACUUCCUGCGGCGUUGAUGGAGACGGGGACUAUGGUCACAGGGGACGAGGAGGAGCUGAGGAGGUUGGAUCGGGGGUGGAGUUCUUGGGUUUGAUCUUUUCUUUGUAUUGUAUAAUAUCAUAUAUUCUAGU